CGUUACCGCCCGCUAGGAGGCACUCGAUGGGUUUUUUAACGCGAGCAUGUGAACUGACCCCUCGAGGGAACUUGGUUUCUCGACUCGGUGCCGAAGUUUGGAAAAGUUCUUCCCGUAAGAAGGAAGGAUCACGACGCCGCGAUACGAGCCGAUUGCGUUCCGUUUCCGGGUCGAAGGAGCGCCUGGGCCGGUCGUCCGCGUUCUCGUCCAUCCUGGAUUGCGCCGGAUCGGUUCGGUUGAGACUCUACCUGGCUGCGCCCGUUGGCUCCCGCGAACGCGGAUGCUCCGCAGUGUGCCGUUCCGUGCAUCUUAUGUGCUGCCCACGGAUGUCCCUGGUCUCUAGUGGAUUCUGAUUCCGGUUGUCUCUCCCCGCGGGUGCGAACGCUUCUCGAUCGAUCGGACCAUUCCCCGCGGCGAUUGUCAGACCGAACGGCCGAUCUCGAGCCGCCAGAGCUGUCCUCGUCGGCGCUUUUUUCACCUCAAGUGGUAUCAAUGUUGUCUGGCAAUGGUGUGUAGUAAGGAGAACGUGGUAUCAUGGUUUGGGAAUCUGUCCAGUUAUAAACGUAUCGAUGUGAUGUGCACGCUGCUAAACAUGUGCUUGCCGUUUGAAGUACGGUACCUCGGCACUUGUGUCGAGGACCUUGGGAAGCGCGAGUACAAUGAUUUGCGCGACACGGAGCACCGAGCAAACAGUGCUACGGAUCUUACGGAACUGACAACCCUUGGCGUGACCGACAAACGUACCAGAAGGAAACUUGCCCUGUACAUGGCUCUACUUCACUCGUGCAACUAUUCGUGCGCAGUGAUUUUAUAUAAAAACCUCUCGAACGUCGACUUCCAAGAGAUCGUCAACCUGCUAAAUGGGACCACUUUCACGCAAGAUGAUCAGCCAUUGGAGGAGUUGCUUCUCCUGUACACGAUGGCGCUCAAUCAUCCGGCUUUCACUUACGAGCAGAAAAGCGUAUUCGGUAACAUUUACGUCAAGCUGCAAGACGAAGAGGCAAGGCUAACCCUUCAGAAGCCUGCUGUAAAUUCGACGUUUAAAUCAGCACAAAUGCCAGGCUGCCCACCGUGUGUCACCCCAACCGAUCGAGGUCUCGACGCAGAGGUUCCAGUGAACUGUAUGAUGCCACCGCCACCGAUGCAGACGUUCCAUGGCGACAUGCAAAUGCGAGGCACCGCUAUGAUUCCUGGUGUCCCUCCAGGUCUGACGAUGCCACCACAUGGUUUGUGUCUACCGUCUCCUGAGCAAAUGUCAAUGGGGACCGGGGCGACGGCGCAGUACCUCCACCUUGGGUUCCCCUCGAUGAAUCAUAUGCCACCGUGGACAGGUCAGAUUAUGAUGGGCAACCAGCUGAUGUACCACACCGGCGACAUGCUGGCUUAUCCACCUUCCCCCUUAGUCAGCCGCCAGUCCUCGCCCUCCCAGUCGCGUUCCCCGAGUCGAAGCAACUCUCCGAUGGGUCGCAGAACCAAUCCGAUGCCUCGGACUUCCUCGCAAGCGACCCAGCCCACUUCGAACUCUCUGACGACGUCGGCCAGCACCUCCGGCAGUCAGACGAGCAUCUCCAGCUCGAACACCACCUCCUUGCCUCCCCUUCCGUCAAUGGGCGCGAACAGAAGUCUUCCUAACCAACCGCCUCUUCUCUCGACAAGAUCCGUGCCCCUGUCAGUCACCACUUCCGGAUCCCUAUCUCGCCACAACAGCACCGACAACGCUUCCAUAGCGUCGAUUCCCCCUGUCUCCUCGAAACAACCGCCGCCACCUCCACGGUUACGACCUUCCACCUCGGGCGACUCGCUCAGGGAGACGCUCGGCAAGGAGAUGCCGAAUUUCAAGGGGAACUUGCAGAACUAUUCCCUCGACGAGAUUAGAAGAAUGAGCGACGAGGAACUGAGGGACUUGGGCCUGACGCCUAACGCAGUUGGACAACUCCGAAGCAUAGUGAAGGGUCAGACGAGCAACGGUCUGAACCAGAUUUCAUCUGAGAAAAAGCCGGAAAAUACCAACAACGUCAUGCAUUCGAUCGCCGAUCAGACCGAGAACGAGGAACACCUGCCAGCGCACCACCAUCAUAACCACGCGAACAACGCGAACAUUCGACGCUAUCCGACGAUCCCGCCGUUGGAACACGCACAGAUGCAGAUGUAUCCUGCUCCGCAGCCGGUGUACGCCGCGCAAAAUCCACCUUGCUACGCGUGCCUCACGGUACCGGUGGCCGGGAUGCAAAAUCGUUACCCAAGAUGCAACGCACAGCACGUCUACUGCCUGACGCAACUGCAGGCCCUGAGAUUGGACCCGGAGAGCAGCCGGCACUGUUCGCAGAGCAGCAGCUCCGAGAGUACUGGCAGUCGGUCGCCGCCGGAGACACCCCCGGCGGCCCCGUGGGCUGGGGGCGGGAACGGCGGCAACGCCGGGAACGGUGGCAACACGGGAAACGGCGGCGGCGGCAACGGCGCCGAGGGCAACCCUGCUCCGCCGAGCGUCAGUGAACACGUGGCCGCGGGUGGGGUCGGCCACGGGGCGGCGCAGCCGACCGCUCAGCAGGCCGCCCCGGCCGAGAGGCCACGCGCUAGCCGGAAGGCCCAGCAGCACAUGGUGCGCCACAAGAACAAUCAGAUGGUCAACGGCGGCGGCAACGCCGCCGGAGGGGGACCACCCCCGAGCCUGCCGCACUGCGUCUCCUUCCCGGUCCCGCCGACGCACUCACCGGUGGCCUAUCUGCCCCAUGGCCACUUUCCCGCCCUGAGACCGAGCACCGGGAUCUACUCCAACUUCUCCCACGCGGCCUACGCGAGGCCCGCCUACCCGGGCACCGCGUACCAGCCGAACGGCGAGUCGAUCUACCAGUACCCCGGCCACCCGGGACCCGGCGGGACACCCCCGCCCCCGCCGACGGCCGCGGCCGUCCCGACGCAGGCUUAUCUGCCCCCUAACCCGGUCGUCACCUACUCCCCGGCCGCUCCGGCCGUCCCUACCGGCAAGGUCUCGUGCUACAACUGCGGCAGCGGCAUCCACCACGCCGCUGAGUGCAAGGACCAGACCAUGGAAGACCUCACUAAGAGAGCCCAGUACCGACUGGAUUACACGAUAAUGAAGCAGCCUGGGGAUUGCCCAAGUUCAGACAAGUGAUCCCCUGCCAUGGACUACCCUACCAUCCACCAUCAUCGACAAAACUACCACCGUAACUACUACUACUACUACUACCACCACUACUACCACCACUACUACCGUUGCUACAAUCGUUACCGUCAUUAUCACUACCACCGUCGUAACCAAUACUACUACAGUCCCAACAUCAACACCACUGUCCAGCUUAAGAACCAAUCAAAAGACGACUACCGUUCCUUGUGUAAGUUUUCGGUGAUUUUUGUAGACAUCCCCUAUAUUCAGGACGGCGAUGAUUUUUUUAAGGAAGACGUUUCCCGGCUCGCGGUACCAGGUAUACUUUUUACAAGUUCUUAUUUAUGAUAGCGAUUAUUCUUAUGAUUAAUAUAAUUAUAAAAGGAUAAAAUAUAGCGUCGUGUACAAAGCAUUACGGAAUACGAAUAAUUCUUAUCUAUGUUUUAGGGUACGUUGUAAGAUGUUUUUUGUUCUUUUUUUUGUUUUUGAAAGUGAGAUAGUAAGCGAGAAUGAGAGCGAAAGGAAGAGAGAAAAUCACGUUAGGUAUCAGCUGCGCGUCUCUUCCAGACGGUACCUAUCUGCUACUUACCCUUCUUUCUUACCGUCUAGCAUUAACGAAUAUCGAAACGGUUGAGAGGAGAAAGUGAGAGGGGGAGCGAGAGAGAAAGAGAGAAAAAAGCAUUGCGCUUCUAUUAGGAAACACAAAAAAAUACCACGUUUGACUACACUUACUACGGAACUUCUACUUCUACCACUGUUUACUGUCUACUACCACUACUGUUACUACUAUCGCUACUGCGCCGCGGUUACCAUGUUUUUAUGUGUAUAUGUACAUAUACAUAUAUAUAUUAUAUAUUUUUCAAUUUUUGCGUGUGCGAAAACCAUAAGUGUUCGAUCGUUAGCUGCCGUUGCGCUCCUACGUGUAAGUGUGCGCGCGUGUCCGAGACGAGUGCGUGGGUGCGUCUGCGAGUGCGUGUCAGAGGACUAAAAAAAAAACCCGUUCACCGUUCGUUUAACAUCUCGUCGAUAAUUAAAAUCAAGGUAUACCGACGAUCCUCAUCCUAUUUAUGAUUAGCCAGGCGAUCACACGUGCAAACUUAAGCGAUUUUAUACAACUUUUAUUGAACGUCCAGCCUACGUUGUCGUUUCCCUCUGUUUUUUUUUUUAUUAUUAUUUCUCAGAGUGGCUUCACGAGCAUUAGACGGCUCUUGGGCAAUGACAGGACACUCGCGUGGACGAGCGGUGACGUUUGUAGGUGCGAGCCGAGUGGCGCGUUGCGGUGUCGAGAGCUGCCAACAUUUAAAUGCUGUAUUUGCAUUUAAAUCGAACACUUCGAUUCGGGGCUCACUCUGCUCGAGGUCCGACCACGUGUUCCGAUCGGACUUAGCCGUCCGCGAUAAGGCUGUAAUCGAUCGCUCAAACGGCUCUUUGUAUGCGAUCAGGGAUCCGAAGAGACACCUGAUUUCUGCGUGCGUUAGGAAGGAUCUUAAGUUUCGCUCGGUGGUGAUACGUUGACACGCCACGAAUAUGCGAUCUGUCGACUCUAGGCCUGAUCUUUGUACGUUCAACGAGGCCGAGAUUGGUUCCGAACCUGAGGAGAUACUCGUAGAAUUACCCCUUGAAAUUUUCCAUUGACAUUGAAGGCGUGCGGGAAUUAAUGUUAAUCAUAGCUACGAGUCUGCUUUAGAAGUAGAUUACGUUAUCAUUACAGUAAGCGCGAUCCGACGCAAUGGAGACGGUGGUCGGAUACAAUGUCCACUAGAUGAUACCAGGUUUUACUUCGGAGGUUGUGAUCCUCGCUUCCUUGGUCGAGACCUUUUGUUCCUCCGGUUGAUGAAGACCAAGCUGGGAGAUCGAUUUUCGUGUAGUUUCUCGCGAUUGCCAGAGGUUUCGGAGCCAAAUUUAGACCUCGGAUAAUACCUAGCCGGUAUUACUCUAUGAUAUAAUUUUAUGAACUCGCGUAUGUCCUAAUUUCGUCCUAUGUCCAUUUAGUAUCUAAGAUAAGGCAGCUGCCUACUGCGGAGGAAUUCGGUUUCCCUCGGAGAUGUUACCCCCCUUUGCGUAAUUUGUAACUCGGUACUAAAUCAACUUAACAUCGGUUGCUUAAACUCGUGGUUAGAAUUGCUUGCGAUCUCACAUCUUUGUACCGAGACGUAUGUGUAGCCGGGUCACCGGGUAAGGUACCAUACGACGAAGCAUUAACCGAUCGACUGACGAUGGCCAAGAUUCGGAGAGUACACUCGGUGAAUUGUCAAUGUCACGUGCAUUUGCAACGAAACUCUCGCGUCUAGGGACGAAUACGCGUUGCAUCCUCGCAUCGGCACGAUCCACCCUUGAGAGCUAGUCAGAGCCCAUGGGCUCAAUGAAGGUUCCGAAAAAAUCGUGCUUUUCCAGAAGGCACGACUGCCAUUCUUUGAAAGAAACUAGGAAGUCGCAUUUUGGAUCGGUGGAUACGAAGGAGGCCGAUUUACUGAUUUUUCACGUCGGACAGCUAACCUUGUCGCACGCCUGCGAUUUGACUGCUGGUAAUCUCGUGGAGAACCAAUUGCCGAGCCUCCUUUCCUUGGUUAGAAGCAAAGUGAGGGCAAGAGGAGGAAAUUUGGAAACGCAGAAAAUGCGGGAAAAGCGGAGCCGAUGACUUGUCAUUGAUUCGGCCAUUUUCUUGCUAUUUUGCGGGGCAAGUCGGAAGGGAGUCGGGUCGCAGGUGGGCUUUCGACGUCGCUACCGGGUAUUCUCGUUUGUACGUACUCAAAGUGUAUAUUUUUCAACAACGACCGACCAUGGGAAGGUGACACUUCCGCAAACUAAACGCGUGGACCUCACGUAGCCAGUCAUCGCCGUCGUAGAUUAAAGAUUAAUACCGUACCGUUCUCUAUGAUUUACUUAAACUUAAGCCUCUACCUUAAGCUCCGCUCUUGGACGAAGUAUCUUUUGGACGAAUCAGUGAUGGAAUUGUCAAUAACUUAGACUUUUAAACGGGAUGGCGAUAUCGAGCCCCUCUCGAUUCGACCCAGGAUGUUAUAUUACGGAUAUAGUCUUACUGCGAUAAGUCGAGCGGGAAAUGCUUCUCGAAAUGAAAUCUCGCGCAUUUCCUCCGAAGCCGAUCGUCCCUCCGCGCGAGCUUCCGAAGUUACCCUGAAAUUAUUUAAUAAUAUCUCUCCCUCGUCGAAGAGGGUCCCCGGUUGGGUGGAAAAAUCACCUUGGAUGUCGGAAACUUCGAAAUCUCAGGCAUGGGGAAUAGAUACUAUAUCGUCCCUUCCGAAAGUCCAAUUUAAUCGAAUCGACUGAACGUGGUUGCCAAGGCUCCUUGGGUCUCCUGCCGAGCAGCGAACAAUUUGUGAAGAAAAUUCAGACAGAUAGAUGCGACUCGAUCGGAGGAAGCCGAAUCUUGUCCGGAUUGAGUAGGAUUAAUCGAGUCAACCACACGUCGGGAGUUUGCUUAAAUUGGAAGACGGAAACGGUGAAACGUGGUUUUCGUAUACAGACUGCUCGGUGACCCAGGUGGAAUUCCCAAUUUCCUGACGGGUUGGUACUCUUAGACUCGUCUCUUCGAGUACGAAUCUCAAGGUUGGGGAUUCCGUCAAUGGGUUGUAGGGUGAUUUAACAGCUGGCAGCGCGUAAUGUGUACACGUAAUGCAGUUCCCAUGGGACUGAAAUAUUUCUUCGGAGCGGCGACAGCUGUCAAACGCCGCAGUAUGUACAAGCUACAAAUGCGCGCGACGCACAUUCGAGCCUCGUGGAGAAAAGACUCGGAAUCUAAGGACGACCCGUACGAUAACCAGGGCAAAGGGACGAGACGAUUUGCUAGAAUCUCAUUUCACGGUUUCUGUACUCCUUUUCCGAUAGACGACUCGAUUCUCUAAUCGAGUUCAGAGCAAUAAUGUAACCGAUCCACGUUAUCGUACGCCUCGUACGAGGAGACGAAAGCAGCAGGCAUUACUAGGAGAUACCACCGAGUAUUGGUCAUUAUCAUUCUCAUUAAGCGGUUAAUUGAGUCUCAUGAUUUUUCAUUUAUAGUCUUCAAUGUGGGAACUUAAAUCACGUACUCGUUCCUACAAUUUAGUUAGAAAAAUUCGAUCCUAAGUUAAGAUCAGUUAAGAUUCCUCGGGUGUCAAUCAGCUGUUGUAAGGCUGAAUGAUCAGGUUUGAUCACUCGUUAACUCGAGCCUCGCUUAAAAAGAUCAUGUAUUGCGUUUAAAACGAGAUAACCGUACUUGAUGAUGCACCAAUCCGCGACAUUUCAGGGAUGCGUACCUUCUGGCAAUGCCUGUCAUUUAAUCUCAGCGAGUGUCGCGCUGAUUCAUAUGCAAAACCUUGCGAAUCGAGACUCCUUACUCUAAGGUUAGCUCUAAGCGUUAAGCGUCCUCUUGUCCCGGUUACGUGUAACUCCUCGGAGACGGCUUAUGAUCUCGCCUAGAUGUGGUGAAAGAAGGUCCGGGACUCGUUUUCGAGGGCUGUGCUGAAAACGGACGAGCACUUUCCUCGUCGAGGCACUUCCUCGUCGGCGCAACGCGAAUAGAACGUAGGACAAGGCGCGCAAUCGUAAGCUUAAGGCUCCUACACCCUAUGUGUGGUUUGUGAUUCGCAAUUAGUGGUGCACCUUACACACAGAUAGUGUGCAUGGAACGAUGCGUAUGAAUUUUGUGCGUCCACGUCGGUGCACAAUCGGUGUGGUGGUUCGCCAUCGUGAGGUACCUUUUCAUUAGCGUCAACUUGACACUGAAACCCGGUGUUACGUAGUCAUAUGAUCUCGUUGGCGCUCAUGCGUCAGAAGCUCCGUGAAAAGAGGUUGCAGUGCCUAUACCGACCUGACUCUUGACGUUGAAACGAAAUUCUAAAUUUCGGGCGGUGAAAACAGGGGCUGUAAAGUCUGACCAAAAAUAGUACUAGAAGUUACUACGUUCUGGCGUUCGGUUGUUACUAAUAAAUUGGCACCUUUGGCGGAAAACUUGAUGCACUCAAUCGGAUCUUUGUUGCCCCUAAGCAGCGCGUUAAUGCUAGUUCAUCGCAUCGAAUCGUGACUCCAGAACCACUCAUAUAGUAACGUCAGGUCAUGACGACGAAUUUAUACGAAUUGGCGCACCACGAAUCGCGUACCAUGAAAGAAUAAAUCGUGAGUCAAGAACACCACGCGUAAGGUGUAACGUCAAUUCGACGAAUUUUUAUGAAUUGGCGCACUGCGAAUCGCGAAUCACGAACCACGUGGACCGCGAGCGCGUCCUGAUUAGGACGAGAGAACAUUCUUCCUCGAGGUGUUAAGAAGUACAGACAUACACAGAGACACACACACACAUACACAUAGAUGUAUCUCUCACUGUCGAACGUAGAUAGCCGAUACGAAGUAAUUUUAAUCGCGACGCGGCUCCAUCGCAUCUCUAAUUAAUCCUUGUCGAAAGGCCGUCGUGCAGUUAGCCGUUUUCGCCGGCGUUAAGAGUAACGAGGAGUGGAGUACGAGUGUUACGAGUAGAUGAGUGAUAGAGAGAAAGAGAGAUAUUCCGCAGGGGGGAAAAGAGGGAGGAGACGCAUUCGUCGCAAUCGAGAGACUUCGCACAACGCGGCGGCCCGUCCGAUGAAAAAAAAGAAAAGAAAAAAAAAAACAGAAAAUGAUAACGAAGGUUUCGCUGUAGAGUCCUCUUAAUCAAAACAGUAUUACGCCCAAGAGGAAAUCAAAAGUCUAUUAUACCAUAUCACUCGUUAAGAAGGGCUCCGGUUUCGAUUAUAACGGAGAGGAGGAAACAGGGAAAUCGCGGCGCGGAGUCCGUCGACGAGGCGACGUCGCAUGGAGAAUUGUCCGAUUUUGACGUCGUUUUUUUCGACCUUGGGGAUAAAUGGCACGACGUAAAAAUUAUGCCGAAUUCGGAGGUCAAUGGAGAACGCCUUUGUAAGGACGCGAUCGAACUAUGGACUCGAUUAAUCACCCGUGGAAAAUAUUGCGACAUCCCUGUCGCGGUCUGACCGCGCCUUAGAGACUCUUGUACCGUUCGGAGUAAUUGCGAAUUUCCGCUGUAAAAACACCGCUUACGGGAAAAAUUGUUCCGACCGAAAUUGUUCCCCACGUUGCGCGGGAGAGUUUUUGUCCGAGACUGUUUUCUCCAUCGUGCGCCGCUCAGGAGAUAAUCCGGGAUCGCAGCUUCGACAUUUUCACUUAUCAAGGCGGUACGCCUCGUCGACGGACCUUGAGCGUAAUGUACGCUGUAAUGUUAAUCACGCUCUAAUGCAGGAACAACGACGCAAGGGUACGGGCAAAUGAGGGAGGAAAGACAGGAAUAAUAGGAGAUAAGCGAGCAAAUUUAGGGAGAAAAAAAAAACGAAAAUAAAAAGCCGGGCUUUCAACGCGUUUCUCGAUAUAUAUAUAUGUAUAUGCAUAUGUACGGGGGUGUGUGGUUAGGCAGCGAUUUGCGGUGGGUUUUGGGGAUGAAAUGGGAUUAAUGUGCCGCAAAGCGGGAAGGGGGUGAUCAAAUCAAUUUUGCGUCGGCAUAGCGACUUACGUGCGUAAUACAUUCUUCUUUCCUUCUUUUUUUUUCUGAUUUUAUUUUUCCUUCCUGAAAGUGUGUAGUAUGCGUAUGGCGUCUCGCAGGGCCGGCUGCGCUGAUUCCCGUAGAAAUUGUAAUCGUCGACGCAUUCGUGCUGCCGAUUUGCCGAAAUUUGCCGCUGGUACUUACGGGCGUACAGUCGUCGGGACGAUUUCGAAGCUUCGAGUUGGGUCGAGCUCGAAAUUCUUUUUCGAAACGGCGCAACCGGUCGUUAUGGCCGCUCGUUCCCCGGGGGUGCGAGGCGCAGACUUACUUUUUAAGGAUUCAAACCCGAAGACACGAGUCCGUUAACGAUAGCUGCGAGUUACGAUUUCGAAGCCUCGCGUGAAACGAACGAAGGAACUGAAGGAAUUCCGUGCGGGGAAUUCGAGGGAAAAUUUAAAAGUUAGAGGAUGUCCACUGUUGUAAGUGCGAGGACCGAGACUUUGUCUGUUCGCGUUCGAGAUAAACGCAAUUAUCUGCUCGACUGUGCUCAAUAGCGAAAAAUACUUGGGAUGAAAGUUGCUUCUGAUGUUGAUACACGUAACUUUUGUAGGAGUCGAAUUUUCGUAUCGGGCACCGUCGAGGCGGAAAGUUGACGUUUUGUCGGGUAACGCGGUUCCGGUGUUUUUUAAGUAUAAUUUCUGUGA